AUCAGUUGUUGCCGUCCCCUCCCCUGCCAGACGACCGCCAUUUUCUGUACUCUCUCGACGGGGAAGUGCCGAAAAUUGCCACAAAUUUGGCGCUUGGGCAGCCUUUGGAGACCUGAGACGAUGGCCAGUCUUUUAUCGAUCCCUUUUCGUGAAGGUACAUCAAUCUGAGGCUUUUUCUGAGGAAAAAAAGGUAAGCUGGUGAUAGAGUGAACGAGAGAACCACAGAGGGAAGAAGAGGAAUCAACGGUAAAGAAAGCUUGAGGAUUUGGGCCUACAGUGGCAGAAGUUACUCCUCCCAGCCUCAUAAUGGCUGAUGAGGAACAGAUGAGUCUCGUUCAUGUCCAGGCCAGCGAACUGUUCCCCAAGAAAAGUCUGAACAGCGAGGACGGCACCUUACAGGUCCCGUUCCCCGAGCUGAGCGGAGAGAGCGUGGAGUACCUGGGGCGCACGUCCGACGGGAUCAUCGCCAUCUCCAACUUCCGCCUUCUACUCCGCUUCAAGGACUCCUUCGUUAACGUGCCCUUAAUGCUGAUAGAGAGUGUGGAGAUCCGAGACCUUUUUCAGCUGUACGUUUGCUGCAAGGAUGUCCGUUCCUUUAGGUGCUCAUUUCCAACCAAUGAGCAGUGUCAGGAGUGGCACAAGCGUCUGUCGGCGGCCAUCGCAGUGCCCGACAAGCUGGAGGACCUCUUUACCUUCGCCUUCCACGCCUGGUGCCGAGACGCUACGGGUUACCAAGGUGAUCCUGACUAUCCCGUACCCUCGCACAUGUGCCACCCAAGUGAUCGCGUGCUGGACUACUUCCUGCAUGAGGUAGAGAGGAUGGGGUUUAACGUGAAAGAAGGUGGAGCCUGGAGGGUCACUGAUAUCAACAAGGACUACAAGUUUUGCUCUGGGUAUCCAGAAAUGCAUAUUGUUCCAGCUUCUGUAACCAACGAAGAUCUGGAGAAAGUGGGAAACUUCCGAUCACACAAGAGAAUACCAUCUGUUGUGUGGAGGCACCGAGGUAAUGGGGCAGUGAUAGCCCGGUGCAGCCAGCCUGAGGUGGGCUGGCUUGGCUGGAGAAACUCCAGCGAUGAACAGUUUUUACAGGCCAUCGCUGAGGCCUGUUCUCAAGACUGUGGCAACAACGACACAGAGUCAGACAUCUUAGUGAAUGGGCACUCUGAUGUGUCCAAUGGCUCACAAGAAGAGAAACACUCGGAGCCCCACAAGGUGCUGAUUAUGGACGCUCGGUCCUACGCCGCCGCGGUGGCUAACCGUGCUAAGGGUGGCGGCUGCGAAUGCCCCGAAUACUACCCAAACUGUGAGGUACAGUUCAUGGGCCUGGCUAACAUCCACUCCAUCAGGAAAAGUUUCCAGACAGUUCGUGCACUGUGCUCUUCUCAGCCAUCCGACCAGGCCAAUUGGCUGUCUGCCCUGGAGAGCACCAAGUGGCUGCAGUACCUGUCCCAGCUCAUGAAGAGCGUGCUGAUGGUGGUGAACGCCGUGGACCUGGAGAACCGACCGGUCGUGGUGCACUGUACGGACGGCUGGGACCGGACGCCGCAACUCGUGGCUCUGGCCGAGCUACUGCUGGACCCUUACUACAGGACCAUUGAGGGUUUUCAGGUGCUAGUAGAGAGAGAGUGGCUUGAAUUUGGGCACAAGUUUGCUGACCGCUGUGGUCAUGGCUGCGGCGCAGACGACAUCAACGAGCGGUGUCCAGUCUUCCUCCAGUGGCUGGACUGUGUCCACCAGCUCCUCAGGCAGUUCCCCUGCUCAUUUGAGUUCAACGAAGCAUUCCUGGUGAAGCUAGUCCAUCACACCUACUCUACCCUAUAUGGCACAUUCCUGUGUAACAGCCCGGCGGAGCGGUCAAGGAACGCCGUGCGGGAUCGGACGUGCUCGGUCUGGUCACUUCUGAAGUCCGACAGACGAGCUUUUAGGAAUUACCUGUACAGUCCAAGUGCUGACCAGGUGUUGCGUCCGGUUUGCCAUGUUCGCAACCUCCUCCUGUGGACUACGGUGUACCUGUCCAACCAGUCUCCCACCACGCCUACAGAAGAGCAACCCUACACUAACCCCCUCCCCCAGGAACCCUCCCUCCUGCCGGGCCGCGUACAGAAGACGCGCUCGUGCGACGACAUCCAGGCCGCCAUCAGUGAAAGCAUGGAGAACGGCGGCGGGCUCAUGCGCACCUCCAGCGACACCAACCUCACGGAAUGGCGCCCGGACAAGCUCAUCCCGGAUCCAAGCGCCAACCACGCCGACUACAACAGCGAACUGACCGAUUCAGAGAUCAACGGAAUCAUGGACGAAUCAAACGUGUCGGCUCACGGCGUAUCCAUUCAUGAAGACACCGUAGCAUUCCACAAGAAAGAGACGCGCCCCCCUGACGAGGUAGAAACACCCCCUGGCAGCCCAGUUGGGCAGAUAACUGAAGCUUUUACAAAUGGAGUUAGUAGUGAAGAGUGUCCAGAAGAAACAACCGUCAACAGUAGUGUAGCAACAAAUGAAGACUUGAACCAGAAAGAUCGUAUGGAGAGUUCGACAGAGACAAUAACUGCAGAGAAUGUGGAAUGUAAAGAAAGACCACCGUCCCCGCCUAGUUCCCACUGCAAUGGUAUCAGCGGGUGCGAGGGUACGGAAACAAUGUGCAAUGGGCACGGCAAUCCUGCUGCUAAGCAAAAUGGUACAGAAGAAGAAAUCCCAGCGCUAAAACUAGAACACAGCUCCAGUGUUAGCACGAGCACUAGUGACAUUAGCAACUCUUUUGUCGACGAGUCCCACGAAAAGAAGAAGCCUGGCAUAAACGGGGUGUGUCCGUUGGCGAUGAAGAACCACGUGCGACGGGGAACAGAGAACUCCAGACUCUCCCCCGGUACCGCUGCAGCGCCUAGUAAGCCUAGCAACCCUGUGAAUGGGAGCGUGUGCAUGCAUACCUGCAGCAAGUGUCUACAUCUCGCCAGCAAAUCUGCAAUAUUCUACCCAAACGGGAGUCUCGGGGGCCACGCACAACAACACAAAGACAUGACGCGCAGCUUACAACCUGCCACAACCACUCCUGACCAAGGCUGUAGGCUGCCCACCCCCGUCAGCCCAGGGGGGGCCGUUCCCAAUGGGGUAGGGGAGAGGGGCAAGGCUGAGGGCAUCCCAGAGGAGUCGGCCGUCAGUCCCAACAUGAACACGCUGAGCCGUCAUCUGGACGUGGACGGACUGACAACGAUCAGGGAUGUGGUCCAGCAGAGACUUCACCAGAUAGAUGUGGGUCACAAGGGUGAGGUGGAGGCUCUGCGUCGUCAGCUGCAGACAGCCAUGAAAGUUAUCCACCAGUACCAGAAGGGCGGAGCCUGUCCCUCCUCAGUACUGAACGGAGAGGGGUGUGACGAAGAGCUGUCGUUGCCCGACUCUGAACGCAGCGAGGAGCAGCCCUCGCUGUCCAACUGCAGCACGGAGAUGUCGGACGUGUCGUGGGAGCAGGUGGAGGAGCGCGACGCCAGCGUGACCCUGUGGGUGCCUGACCACGCCGUCAACCGCUGCAUGGGCUGCAACCUGGAGUUCUGGAUGGCUCGCAGGAAACACCACUGCAGGAGCUGUGGACAUGUGUUCUGUGACAUCUGUUCGGAGAAGAAGAUCUCCAUCCCCACGGAACAACUCUUCGACCCAGUCCGCGUCUGCUUGCCCUGUUACGACAAGCUGGUCACAACGACCACCGAGCAGGUGUUCGAAAUCUCCUUGGAGGAAGAAGAGGAGGAAGAAGACACCAAGACGUUGUCAGAUUUCCAGACGGAACAACCGAUAGCUGCGUCAGCUGCCAGCAAUUAACAGAAGAUUUCUCCACGCUUCAUUGGUGGAUGAUAACGGCAAGCCCGCCGCUCCCUAGACUUGAGUACACCGGUCCGCUUCCAAGCAGAUCCGACUUACGUAUUGUAAAUAUUCAUGCCCAGUUUCAAUCCCACUGCCAUCCCUGCUUUGAGGUAAUGUGUGCAUACUUUUUAAAUCCUUCACGAGGAAGUCGGUUCUGUUUGGAUGCGGAUUGUCGUAAUUGAGACUACGGAGUGGUUACGGGCUGUGCUUAAAGGAGAUGGCACAAAGGAGUUAGUUCGAUUCCCUUGCCUAAUGUUGCUGUGGGUUUUGGUCUUCUGGAGCAGCUAAGGUUUCUACACCACGUGCAAGCGAUCCAAGUGUGAUUGGACAUAGAGGGACUGUUGCAGAACCUGGGGCUUUGGUAUGUAGGGUACAUGUCAAGUUUCCUGAUCUUUUUUGAAAAGAAAUCUCUUCGGAAAUUUCUGAAGCCCAAAAACUUUCAUUCUGUCUCCUACGUACAUUUGUGCUCAACACAAAAUGAAAAUUCCCAUCACCUGUCAAGUCAAAUCUUGAAAAUGUUCUAACUUAAAACUAUGAAUCCAGUACACGUACCUUGUUUUUGGGCAUUGCAAUGAUAGAUAUAACACAAAGAAAAACUGUGACAAUUUUAAGGGAGAUAAAGGAAGAAAUAGAACACAUGUAAAACUUGCAAAGAGAUACUGGCAACUUGACAUGUACGCUAUAAUGUAGUGGUCUGGGAUGCAAGCUGUAUUUUUCUUUAGAAUUUGUUUUUAGUUCACAUAGAGACAAAAUGUACAGCUUUACUAAUGGGAGAUGCAUGUUCCAUGAAUUUAAUUUAAAAACUGAAAGUAAAUGUUAAUAAUUUUAAUGAUAAAUCAACAGGGUCAGUGUUAUACUACAAAUUUUUCCUUUUCAUUGGGCACAAAAUGGAUCAGAAUACUAUAAUUUCUUCUUUACAUUUACAUGUACUUGAGGACAAUGAGAAUUUGUCAGUGACGAGUAGGCCCAAUUCCUAGAAAUCCAUGUCCAAACCGUAGAAAAGCAAUUCUUACAAAGCUCGUUAUGAUUAUUUUUCAGCAAAUAAUUUGUCCAAUUCUGAAGGAAAAGUUAGAAUAAACAUAAUACCAUGUAGCUUACAUGUAUGUCAAUACAACUUCUGUAAUUAUGGAAUUCACAUUGAGAUUGAUUUAACUUUAAGUUAAAAAAAAAGUUAUAUAUUUCAGGGUCACAAUGUAUCAUUUCAGCAUUUGUAACAGGUGAAGGGUCUUAUGUAUUCUAGACAUAAGAAAAUGAUGUUAAGUACUGUAUGAAUCCCUCAAGUAUAAAGCUUUUACCGCUUUUCUUUCCACAAUCCAGAAAUCUCAGGCAUCCUUUGUAGAUAUAAACAAGAAAAACUAUCCUGUUCUGCCUUUAGAUUGUGCCAAAUGUCUAGGCUCCGACGUUACAUAUUAUGUAUGUUGGGAAGAAAGUCGUCGCUUGGUGUUUUGCCCCUUGUGAAAAGUGACCAGGGCUGCAAUUGGCAAUUAUUUCCUCAAU